CCCAAUAGGAAAACUUGCUCUUAUAUACAUUUACCUUUGAGAAAUAAUUUCAUCCACUUUUAACCAAAAUAAUGCCCCACUGCAGGACCACAAUAGUCAGGGAAGAAGAUUUUCCAUGAAAGAGUUGGCUUCGGAUCAAAUCAAACCAUUUACAUCGACAAAGAGAAAAAUGAGGUCCUCAGGUGCUUUUUCGUGCGCGUGCAAACCAACCUCCACUACCAAGCAUCUUUUUGUUUUUAUUGGUCAAUAGCUGUGAGUUGUUAGCCGGAUCCUUAUAAAAGGAGGUGUGUUAUUCUCAUUCGUAGUCUUCUCCGUAAACAGAGACCAGUAGCAUUCUAAACUCCUUCAAUGACUACCAAAAUAGAUCUUCCUUCUACUUCUUCUUCUUGUCCUCCAUUUCGUAAAUUGACAUACGAUGUGUUCCUCAGUUUCAGAGGUACAGAUACCCGCACAAAUUUCACAGACCAUCUUUAUGCCGCUCUCAAACAGAAAGGAAUAUACACAUUUAGAGAUGAUGAAGAACUUAACAGAGGGGAAUCAAUUGGUCCAAAUCUCUUGGAAGCAAUUGAAGAGUCAAGAUAUGUAAUUGUGGUGUUUUCGCAGAACUACGCCGAUUCUUCGUGGUGUUUGGAUGAGCUUGCAAAGGUAGCUGAAUGCAGGAGAGCCAUGGGACAAACAGUCCUUCCAGUGUUCUACCAUGUUGAUCCGUCUGAUGUACGAAGACAAACUGGGGAGCACUUUGGGAAAGCAUUUCAGGAGCAUCAAGAGCGGUUUGGAGGCAAUCCUGACAAAUUGCAGAGGUGGAAAGACUCUCUUGCUGAAAUAGGCAAUCUCUCUGGAUGGCAUCUGAAAGAUGGGUACGAAUCCAAAUUCAUUCAAGAAAUUGUUGAAAAGAUUUUCACCGAGUUAAAUCAAAUAAUCCCAAUAUAUGAGGGUUUAGUUGGGAUGGAUUCUCACCUGAAUGAAAUGCUUUCGUACUUAGACAUUGGGUGUCCUGAUGUUCGUAUCAUAGGGAUUUGUGGUAUGGGAGGUAUCGGUAAGACAACUAUUGCACAAGUGGUUUUUGAAAGGGUACAGGCUCAGUUUGAAGGUUGUAGCUUUCUUGAGAAUGUUCGAGAGGUAACUGAGAAGCAAGGUGCAGUCCAUUUACAAAAGCAACUUCUUUCGGAUUUGCUGGAAUGUAGUGUAAAUGUACAGAACACUAAAAAGGGAAAAAGUAUAAUGAGGGAGAGACUACGUACUAAAAUGGUUCUUAUCAUUCUUGAUGAUGUGGACCAAGAAAAACAAUUGGAAGCAUUGUGUGAUAGGGAAUCGUUUGGUCCAGGGAGUAGAAUCAUCAUAACUACUAGAGAUAAACAUUUGCUCGUUGAAGGAGAUAAAGUAUAUACGGUGAAUCGAUUAACUGAUGAUGAAGCUCUCGAGCUCUUCCGUAUGAAAGCCUUUAAGAAAGAUCAGCUGGUUAGGGAAGAUUUUCUCGAGCUAUCCGAGGAAUUUUUGAAAUAUGCUAAUGGCCUUCCAUUAGCUAUUAAAGUUUUGGGUUCCUCUAUUCGUGGUAGAAGUGUAAAAUUAUGGUCUAGUGCAUUGAAGAGACUUGAAAAAAAUCCUCCAAAAGGGAUUAUUGAUGUUCUUAAAGUUAGUUUUGAUGGAUUAGAAAAAUCCGAAAAAAAAAUAUUUUUGGACAUCGCAUGUUUCUUUAAAGGAGGGUACAUAGAUCAUGUAACAAGAAUACUACAUGGUAGUGACUGUUAGCAGAAUCAAGCCUACUAAUUUCCUAGUCAAAACCGGAUACCAGUGACGCAAGUCUACUUGUACUGUUGUGGACUGCCAGUUGCUCUUUUCCAGCUCAUUUACAGCCUGUAAUUUCUUUUGUUGGUUAGGAACGUUAGUUAGGUCUUGGUUCAGCUAGUUACUAUAUAUAGGUUGGCUUGUAAUAAUUCUUUUCGGGUUUUUUAUAUAAUUGAAGAG